GCGGCCUAAGGAGCGCCAGUUUCCGUUUUAGUUGAAAACAAGGGGGGCGGGUCUAAAACUGCAUCACAGCUGAUCUGGAGGUUUUCCCCCCCUUAAGUUGUUUUUUGCAGAGAACAGCUUUGCAGAGAUUCACAAGGGGGACCUCUCUUGUUUUCUUUCUUGUUAUUUUUAACAUUUUUUUUUAAAACUAGACAUUUUCAGCCUUUUUGUGGAUUUAAACAUCAUUAUGCCACUUAUUUUUAGAAUAAAACUGCUUUUAUUGCAUUUUUUACCCUCGUCUUUUUGAUGCAUUCAGCCCAGAUCUGACCCAUUUUUAAGUGUCUUCGCCUUUCACAGCAUCCCAUGUGUUAAAGUGCGAGAUGUUUUCUGCAGGAGAGGAGGUUAAUCCCCAUUUGUUUACCUCACUGAAGGAGUCCCCUGCAGCUGCAAUCUCCCCAACACUGGAGCUCAGUCUCACAGCCGUCUACACCGUGCUCUACUCCUUCUUGUUUGUGUUCGUCUACCUGCAGCUCUGGCUCAUUUUGCACUAUGGACACAAGCGGUUCAGCUACCAGAGUGUGUUUUUGUUCCUGUGCCUGCUGUGGGCUGCUCUGAGGACGACCCUCUUCUCUUUUUACUUUAGAAAUGUGGUGCAGGCCAACCAGCUGCAGCCUCUGGCCUACUGGCUGCUCUACUGCUGCCCAGUCUGCCUGCAGUUCUUCACCCUCUGCCUGCUCAACCUUUACUUCACACAGGUGAUGUUUAAGGCUAAAGCCAAGUAUUCCCCAGAGCUCACCAAAUACAAGGUUCCUCUGCGUUUGUUCUUCCUGUGUCUCAGUAUAUUUUUCCUGGUGGUGAAUUUAACUUGUGCGUUGUUAGUGCAAGGAGCUCUGGAGCGCUCUGAAUCACCGAGUGAUGGGGGUAUCAGACAUGCAGUCCUGGCCCGGGUCUUGAUCAACGACAGUCUGUUUGUCCUGUGUGCUGUCUCUCUGGCCGUCUGCAUCUUCAAGAUCGCCAAGAUGUCCUCGGCCAACGUUUACCUUGUGUCCAAGGGUACAUCAGUGUGCCAAGCUACCGCCAUAGGAGCCGUGGUGAUCCUGCUCUACACGUCCAGAGCCUGUUACAACCUGGUGGCGGUGGCCCUGUCACCACAGGACAAACCCAGUCCCUUCAACUACGGCUGGUACAGCGUUUCUGAUCAGGCCGAUGUGCAGGAGAUCAGCGGAGAAGCCUACGUUGUGUUUGGGAUCAUUCUGCUCUUCUGGGAGCUGCUACCUACAAGUUUAGUGGUGGUUUUCUUCAGAGUCCAGAGACCCAACCAAAAUCUGGCUCCAGGAGGGAUGAUCAACAGCCACAGUUUCAGCUCCAGAGCAUAUUUCUUUGACAACCCUCGACGGUACGAUAGCGAUGACGACCUGUCCAGAAGCAUUACUAGUAGGAACGAUCGGGCCAGCCUGCUGUCCACCACUCCCCAGCUGGGUACGUCCAGUUGGUACGGCUCCAUCCAACGCAACGGGACUCUGACCGCGGGCGUCGCGUCCGCCCAGCCACCGCCGUCUUCCACGGCGCCCCUCCUCUUCGCCUACGGAAACAUCCAGAGUCACGAUCACCACCAUCACAACUACUACUCCACCCCGCAGAACAACAACUACCACCACCAUCAUCACAGCAACUACUUUUCCACGCCGCAGAAUUAUUACUGCGGUUCGCAGACGUAUUUCUGCACACCACAGAAUUAAUCCAUCCUAAAGAUCGGAAAAAGACUUGCAAUUUCCUGCGUUUUUUGUCACCAUUUCGCUUCCCCAGAUACAUCACGGCAGGUACUUUUGAGUGAUAUUCUGAGGCGUUGCUCCGGACCAGGUUGGGCCUAAAAGUUGGGUCCAGAGAAAUGUGGUGGCAUCAGUAACUGGGAAGUUCUUAUGCCAUGACUAACUGUUGUUUUUAGGUCAUCACUGUCUUUAAAUGGCAUGACCAGAAUGAAAGCAAGCACAGGCCAUGGACCAGAGUUUUAGCACUAAUAUGGCUAAUACACCUAAAACUGCAAAGACCAAAACAAAUGUUUUGGUCAGUUAUCAUUUCUAAGACUGGAAAUCGUCAGGGACCAGAUAAUCAUCGCUCUCAUUAUCCUUUCCUUGUAAAUUUCCUCCAAUUGUGCUUCUAUGGAACAAUACCAUUCUGCUCAGAUAGGAUGUAGCCGGCUAGCUAACGUCAGUCAAAAGUUCUGGAAAAAAACACAUAAUAUUCACUCGCCGUUUCUCAAACUGUAAUUUGGGUUGUCAAAAAUGGGUUGUGUGACUGUUUUUAAUGGGCACACGUAUGGUACAAUCAUUAAUUAGUAUAAAAAGGUUAUUUUUUUAUUUGGCGGGAAAGUAACAGUGAAGGAUGCUGGCCUGCUAGCUUGAGCCUCCGUGCUCAAAAAAAGCUUUUCUGACAAUGAAAACGCAUCUACAAAAAGGGCAUUUCAUGGUGUUUCUCACCGUUAGGUCUGGUUACGUGUGACAGGAAUUAGCUGUUGCUAAUUUGCCAUUUGGCUGUUUGUAGCAGUGUGAGCUAGCUUAUCGCCAACGCUAACCGUUAGCUUAAACAUAAUCUCAGACCGAGCAAAACUGAAAUACAAAAAAGCUAAUCUAUCCAUCACAGACUUGGUAAUAUUAUCAUGUUGGUGGCAAAUUAAACAGCUUGUUAAUUUUGGUGCCACAGAAAUAGAAAGUUGUACAAACACCGUUAGCCUAAUUUGCCGUUGGAAGCAGUGAGAGCUUAUUGCUACUGCUAACCGUUAGCUUAAACUCAUCUGUCUAGAAAAGACAGAGAGACCUAGCAAAACUGAAAUA